AUGAAACCCAACAUCAGAACUAGUUUUUGUUCGUUAUUACUAUGCUUGCUUAUAUGUGUUCAAUUCAAACCUUCUUUAGGAUCUAACAAGAGAACCGAUGAAGCAUACGUUACUCUUUUAUACGGUGAUGAAUUCUUAUUAGGCGUUCGAGUUCUCGGUAAAUCAAUACGCAAUACUCGAUCCAAUAAAGACAUGGUUGUUUUAGUCUCAGAUGGAGUUUCUGAUUUCGCCAAAAAUCUCCUCCUUGCUGAUGGUUGGAUAAUUGAGCAGAUUACUUUACUUGCUAACCCUAAUCGUGUUCGUCCCAAGAGAUUUUGGGGUGUUUAUACAAAGUUGAAAAUAUUUAACAUGACCAAUUACAAAAAAGUUGUUUACCUUGAUGCGGAUACUAUUGUGGUUAAAAAUAUUGAUGAUCUAUUCAAAUGUCGGAAAUUUUGUGCUAAUUUGAAGCAUUCUGAGAGGUUGAAUUCGGGAGUUAUGGUGGUGGAGCCGUCUGAAACUGUUUUUAAUGAUAUGGUGAACAAAAUAAAAACUACUGCGUCUUACACUGGAGGAGAUCAGGGAUUUCUCAAUUCCUAUUUCUCUGGAUUUCCCAAUGCACAUGUUUUUGAUCCAAAUUUGCCCCCGGAGGUGUUGAAAUCCAGACCCGUUCCAGAAAUGGAGAGACUGUCAACACUGUAUAAUGCAGAUGUUGGUCUUUACAUGCUUGCUAACAAGUGGAUGGUAGAUGAAAAAGAGCUCCGUGUGAUUCACUAUACACUGGGACCUCUUAAGCCUUGGGACUGGUGGACAUCUUGGCUUUUGAAACCGGUUGAUGUCUGGCAGGAUGUAAGGGAACGACUCGGGGAAUCACUUCCUGGAACAAGAGGCGGCCAAAAUCCUAAUGACUAUUUUCUUGUGAAAUUUCUUUUUCUGCUACCAUUCUGUGCUUUACUAUUCUGCUGCUAUCAUUCAUUUAUGAAGAAUCAAGAGUACUUUGGUUCAUUUUUUAGAGGCUCGCUAUGUGAUCAAGUCAGACACCUUUAUUAUAAGAUUAGGACAAGUGGAGCACUUGCAUAUACAAGUAUGUCAACAUCAGCAACCAAUUCAAUCCAUCAGCUCUCAAAUGGUUCUCAGUGCAAGGUUCCUACCUAUCUUGGCGGUAUUUCUGUCUGUGUCUGUUUAACGACUGCAGUGGUGUCCCUUGGGCUAGCUCUCUUGAUUGUUCCCCGGCAAGUGAUGCCAUGGACUGGUUUGCUUUUGAUGUAUGAAUGGACAUUCACAAUGUUUAUUAUAUUAUUUGGAGGUUAUCUCCAUUUGAUUUAUCGGUGGGGAAAAUACGUGGCAUCACGGGCAGCAUCCUCGUCACUUCCCGAGUCUUUGGAUUAUGAUUCUGGAAAACGUCAUCAGCGACAGAUGUCAUCGUGUGAUGUUGCUACGUGGUACUAUGGUUUAGGGAUGGCCUUGUUGGCCAUUGGUGCUCCAUCUUUGCCUUGUCUUUUUGGAAUAACUGCCUUGUUUUUAAGGUUAGGCUUGAUGGUUGUCGGGGGCAUCAUUUUGGCAUCUUUCAUGACAUAUGCUUCAGAACAUCUUGCUAUCAGGUCAUUUCUUAAAGGACUUGAUGAGUGGGAUAUUGCUCCAAAUAGGAGCUUGUGUUUGUUAUGUUGA